AGAUAAUCUAUAAAUUAUAAUUCUUGGUCAUUUUCGGUUCAUUGCAUUAUUGCUCGUGAUUGAAAUAUUACUUGAUUUUUUCGUGUUGUAUCACCGAAAAAUAAACCAUACAAGUUUAUGAAAAUGCAAGCCAAGUUUUCAUUUAUUAUCUACAUCGGAAUUCUUUCUUCUACUCUAACAUGUGCCGCUGAUAUAGAUUUUUCACAGGAUACAUCAUCAUGUCCAGCAACACAACGAGUGAAUUUUUAUGACUAUACUAAGUGUUAUGAUACUAAUUCACAAGAACUUACAGCAGAUGAAAUAAAAAGAGUGCAAAAUACAUGGGACUUGCUAUUCAGUAAUCCAUUGGAAACUGCUAUAGGAAUAAUAUCAAGGGCAAGUGAUAUUUAUCCAGAAUUUCGUCAAUUCGUAGUAGAUUUUUAUAAUCUACCAUCAGCAGAAGACAUACCAAAAGAUAAAAGGUGUCAAAGGCAAGCUUUGAGAGUCGUUAGUACAGUUAAUAUUUUUGUUAAAUCAAUUCCUUACAUCAACACAGUCGAAGAUUUUCUAUUCUAUGUUGGAAAACGUCAUCAAAAAUUAGGAGUUAGACAGAACGAUUUUCUAGCUUUCAGAAAAGCUCUUUUCUAUGUUAUGGGUCGAAAACUUGAACAACUAGGUUGUCGACUUAGCCAAGAAGAUGAAACUGCAUGGAAUAAAGCACUAGACAUUUUGCUUGGACCUAUGAUUAAAGGUUAUAAAAGUUAAAAAUAAUUCCGAGUCAAACUCAUCCUGAUUUUUUAAAUUUACGUCUUGUGAGUCCAGGAAACUCAAAAGUUGGGAAGAUAAUUAGUUUAGUUUAAUAAAUAUUUUUAAGGAAUAGUGUGGAAAUGGAUGAUAUAAAUUGAAUAAAUGAUUAAUUAUAAUUAACCUA